UUCCCUUCUCUUCCCUCGCACCAGUCAGCCUGCCCAGUUGGCAAAAUCCCCCGCAAAACCCUUUUUACGGCCUUCGCUAACAUCUUAAACCCGCCAGCACGGUAAAGUACCCAUUCCACUCAACGGCCACUCCCCAGCUAAACCAGUCGCCCGUCUUAGUCCCCUUCUCCUUCUUUCCCUCCCAAUCGCUGUUCUUUCAGUGGCUUUUUGGGGAGGCAGGUUUGGCAUAAAUACAGUUGAAAGAGCUGGUGAUGGUUAUUGCACGUGGAUUGCCUCGAUGUUUUCCUUAUCGACUUAUCUAUAAUCAGCGGAGUCUUUGGGUAAAAAGAAGACAGAGGAAAAGCAUAUUGCGUCCUUGUUCAGUGAAGAAGCUUCUAAGUCAUUCUAGAGAAGAGCAUGAACGAGAGAAAGAACAUGAACAUGCUGUCAGCAAAGAUGAGGAGAGGAAGAAAGACAUGGCAAAAGCCAGAAAAGAGGAGGCAAAAGCUGGUGACUCUGAGGAUAUACUUCCGGGAAUUCCACCAGUGCCUUCGAGCAACCAUCCAAAAUCUGGUGUAGUGUUUGUUCUUGAAAAAGCUUCACUUGUGCCUGCUUAUGUUGGCAGGACAUAUGAGAUAUUGAAUCCCGACAAGCAUGCUGAUUUUUUAAGGAAGAAGAACAUGAAUCCUUAUGAUUACAGACCUGAUAUUGUCCAUGAGAUUCUCGUUGAUAUAUUGGGCAGCCGACUUAAUAUGGCUGGUAUGGUUCAGGCUGUGUUUGUUAAAACUGAUCUUGGGCAUCUUAUCAAAAUCAAGCCACAUGUUCGCAUACCGCCGACGUUGGGCAAAUUUUGUGCUAUGAUGUCCCAGUUAUUGCAGAAGUUUAGUAUCAAAGCUAGGGGUGGGGGUGAGAAACUAAUGCAGUUGAUUGAGAACCCUUUGGUCAAGCAUUUGCCUGUUAAUUCUCGAAUAAUAGGGCUCUCUGUUAGUUCGCCAAAGGCUGUAAGGUUGCGCGACUAUGUUGAUGAUGUAGGCAAUGAUUGCACUCCUGUAUUCGUGAUUGGUGCCAUGGCUCAUGGGAAAAUUAAUGAUGACUACACAGAUGAUCUUAUAUCAGUUUCUGCACUUCCCUUGAGUGCGGGUGUCUGUGUGAGACGUAUAUGCUACGAAUUGGAGAGGAAAUGGAGGAUAUUAUGAAGUUUUUAUGCAAGACUCUAGUUUGCUACUAAGAUUUGGUUCCCAGUAUUUAUGUAAAACUAGGGGUAAUUCUCGCUAUGAACCUUAGUAGGUCACCUGACAGGACAGAAGUUUCUGAAAGUUCAGUUAUUGAUACAAUUUUCUUCUUUAAUUUCGCAUUAUGAUAAGGUAUUUAUUAGCUAUUGUUGUUUUUGAGCUGAGUUGGGUUUUGGAACUUUUGGUUGUGUAAUCUUGCUUCUUUUA